AAAUCAUAACCGUCGAAGGUGGAAAAUCAAAGACUAGCUGACAAAGUCUCUCUCUCCUCUCUCUCUCUCAUCGAAAGUCUUCGACUUUGUUUCUUCUUCGUUGCUUGAGAUGGAUGAUAUGAUAUUCAAAUGCAACGAAAGAAAGAGUUAGAGAGAGAAAGUAAAUAGUUAGCGUGUUUUUGCUCUCCUACGUUACUCGAGAUGGGCCGUCAUCGUCCCCUUUCUCGCUCCUCAAAUCCAACAUUCCUCUGCAUCGUCAUUUUCUUCGUCUUUUCUUGGUUUUCACGCGUUCAUGGAAAAACUAAUCUCAGCCAUCAUUCUCUCACCCCCAUCAACCUCGAUCUGUAUCAUACCAGUGGAGCUUUGACUGAAGAAAUAAAAGCCUUGGUCCAUCGACACCCUGACAAAUUCUCUUUGGAGAAAAUUAGACGUACAAAUAAGGGUUAUGAAGCAGAGAUGAUUGUAGUUAGUUACAGCCGGAAUAGGAAAGGGAGUGAUGACAGGUCAAAGUUUCGGAUGCUUCUUACUUUCGGCCAACAUGGAAGGGAACUCAUUACAUCUGAGCUUGCAUUACGGAUCCUCUCCAUUUUAAGUGAAGAGCAAUUUCUACCCAACAUGGAUCCAAUUUCAUUAAACAACACCCUUGAUAGGCUUCUCAUAAAGGUAGUGCCAAUGGAAAAUUUGAAUGGCCGCAAAAUUGUUGAAGAAGGAGACCUCUGUGAGAGAAGAAACGGAAGAGGAGUUGAUCUUAAUCGAAAUUGGAGUGUAGACUGGGGCAAAAAGGAGAAGGAUUAUGAUCCAUAUGAAGAAAAUCCUGGAGUUUCUCCUUUUAGUGAGCCUGAGACUCAAAUAAUGCGGAAACUGGCUAUAUCAUUCGAACCACACAUAUGGGUUAAUGUGCAUUCUGGAAUGGAGGCCCUAUUCAUGCCAUAUGAUCAUAAAAACACUACUCCGAAUGGAUUUUUCUCUCACAGAAUGAAAUCGAUGCUUGAAAAGUUGAACCAUAUGCACUGUGAAGGCCGUUGCAUGGUUGGAUCAGGGGGAGGCUCUGUCGGGUAUCUAGCACAUGGGACAGCAACAGAUUACAUGUAUGACAUUGCGAGUGUACCCAUGGCUUUCACUUUUGAGAUCUAUGGAGAUGGAACAGCCUCUGCAAAGGACUGCUUUAAAAUGUUCAAUCCUAUAGACCUUACUACCUUCAAUAGAGUUCUCAACGACUGGUCUGCUGCAUUCUUCACAAUGUUCAAUUUGGGUCCACAACAAGUCGAUGAAAUUCAUCAAAAGACACCCGUUUCCAAUUCAGGCAAGUUGUUAUCAAUAGAUGACUAUCUGAAUGGAUAUUUAGUAGAAAGAAAAAGUAGAUACGGGAAGAAGAUGGAGGUGCUUGAAGUUGGAAUGCAGGAGAUAAGAACAUAUUUCCGGCUCUUCUUGUUGUCUUCGGUGCUGUUGAUGUUCAUGUUUUGUUCUAGAAUAUCAAAGAGUAGUAGAACAAUUGUUUCCUCUAUGUCCCUCUGAUAGUUACAGUUGCUAUUUAUUUGUUCAGUGAAAAAAAUGGGGGGACACAGAGAUUUGCGUGUAUGAUUUUUGUUUAGUGCACGUAUAUUUUUUCACCAUAAUGUAAUAGUGUUUACUUCA